AGACGACAAAAUGCACGUACAAGCUAUCGGUACAUCCACUCAGCAAACGAUUGGUUUCAUUCGAUGCGGGGAAUCAACACUUGGGGAUAACUCACUGGUUUUUCCCCGCAUUCUCGGAUACAAACACUUCUCUCCGCUAAGCCGAUGUGUGUAUUUACUUUGGGUGUUAAUCGUUUACUUUGUGGACAAAUACUUUAAUCUGAUAAAUAUUGCGUGCUUAAGUGGAAUAUUACCAAAUAAGUUAUCAUGGGGUCGAAGAUGUCAUCAAAUCAUCAUUUAGUUGAAGAACAGUGUGAGGAGACAGACUGGAAAUUGCGAAAGAAGACAUAUUCGAUGUCGUCUGCUAUGGAAGGAAGUAAAGGUUCGAACGAUCGCGAUGACGAUUCGGUGGACGGACAUUCCACUAGUAUGAGUAGAAUCUCAGCUGGUCUAAGUCACGACUUUGGUGAGGAUUACGCUGGAAUGCGAGGAGAGGAGGAAGAACCCGCUUUCGACAUCAACGAGAACUUCGACUUCGAUUCGGACCGACUUACUGUCGACUCAGACAUGAUGACGAUGGACAGUAUAUGUGAUGGGUACGACGUGGUUGAGAUCGGGGACCAUCGCGAUGUCGGCAUCGGAAAACGUCAACGUCCGAGUAGGGCAGCCAUUCUGGCCAGUGACAGAUCAUCCGAGAAAAAUAGUUCACCUGAGAAAGUGAGAAUGCCUAACGGUGACAUUUCACACACUUUACAACAGCUUCAGAAACUUAACAUCAAGAGUAGUGUUCAGCCAGUCGUUUAUAAGAUGGACUAUCCGAGUCGAGGGAAGGCGGUUAUCGUCAACCAGACCCGUUUCGAUCCAAUAACUGGCAUGUCAAACCGGGAAGGAACCGACCCGGACUUGGAAGGACUUGACAGAGUGUUUUGCCAUCUUGGAUUCCGAACGAAGGCUCAUAGUGAUUUGACGGUAGCCGAAUUUAGAAAACUUCUUUUUGAACUCAGCAAUGAAGACUUUAGCAGUGAUGAUUGCCUACUUUUUAUCGUCAUGAGCCACGGGGAAGAUGGCGCCCUAUACUGUAAAGAUGGCACAGUAGCAGUUGACGAAUUGGCCUUCCGAUUCAAGGGCAUUAUGUGUCCAACACUCGUUGGCAAACCUAAGCUGUUCUUUAUACAGGCAUGCCGAGGAACGCAGAUGGAUCACGGUGUUCGUACUCCUGCCGUUGAGGGCGACGAUGAACCUGAUGCUGCUAUUGCUCAGAAGAUGUUCUAUACAAUCCCAGUGGAAGGUGAUUUCCUCAUGGCAUAUUCAUCAACUCCAGGUUACUACUCGUGGCGAAGUCUCAAGGAAGGAUCCUGGUUCAUACAAGCUAUUAUCACAGUCUUUGAGAAAUACGGAACAUGUAUGGAUGUAAAUCAAAUGAUGACACGUGUGAACAGAACAGUUGCCUAUCGAUAUGAAUCGAUAUCCAGUGAUGUGAGAUAUAACGGGCGAAAGCAGAUGCCAUGUUUUGUGUCAACACUCACGAAAGAACUCUACUUCAUACCAAAGAAACAAUGAACGUAUUAUAUUUUAUUUUUAUUUAUUUGUGACAUUAUAUACCGAUAAUGACUGUCAGCAAAAGUUUUACAGUUCAUAUCAUGAAUGCAUAUAGUGACUACCACGCAUGCUGCAUUUUCAACUUUCUUGAGUGACGUUAUUUCAUCUGACAUGGCAAGGAAGCAAACUUUGACUUUAGAGUUCCACGUCACUAUAGUAUGUAGGCUAAUGAGCACUGCGUAGCGACGUCAGCUAAAAGCAUUGGACCUGUAUCAAACAUAAUUGUCGUCGACUAUACACAAUCAACGUACUUUUACUUUUACAUAGUCCUAAAUUAUUAUGUCAUCUCAAGCCAAGAUGUAUACAUCCGCCAAGUAAAAUCUGAAAGAACAGUGGACGCCAUAUCCUCUUCCACUCAUUUCUAAUACUGUCAACUUUUAUCAAGUAGGAGAUUGCUAUUUUACCUCUCUUGAUUAUGUCCAAUCAGUGUCUUUUCAAUAAGUACAUUGAUCUUCAUACUACGAACUUCACACUUAAAGUGCAACUGGUCUAUCUACAUUCUCCAUCUCUCCAACCUUCAACAGAAUAACCAAUACUUCUCGAUAUAGAUUUGUUUUAUACAAUUGAAAUUUGCAAAUUGAUAAUCGAAAAGGAAAAAUUUAUAUAUUCAUGAUUAUUUAAAGAUUUCAGAAUAUGUGCGUGUGUUACAACAAUUUUUAUUCAAAUGAUUUGUUUAGUGUCACUGCUUUAGGUUGUAUUAGUUAUGGAGUUUAAAUUGAUCGUAUAUGUCAGCUUUAAAGCAAUGAAAAUAUUACAGCGUUGAUGAGUCACGUUACACUAAAAGUAAACAGUACAUGUCGAUAUGGUUAGUUUAUCACAAGUAUAUGUUUGAAUAGAAUUUCAGACUGGUUUCACAAAAAAAUAGAGUGUUAAGUUGAAAAUAUACGUUCCUUUUGCAAAAAGUGAUAUACUAGUAACCAGUAAUUAAUUUUGGUGAUGGUUAUGAAACAAAAUCCCAAAACAAUCAAAAGCGAGAGUCAAAUCCCAACAGUUCUUGGGGACAUGACCUCAUUGUAGAACCAACGAAGUUGAAUUUUGUAAGAGAGUCUGAAACACGAUAUUGAAGAGAGUAGGCCUAUAAUAUCAAAGGCUAAAAGUUACGCUUAGUUUGAUUUCUGAGUGCCUUAAAUUUGAUGUUUUUCCUGAACUAAAAAUGUUUUAAUAAACGCAAAACAUUUUAAAGAACAAACUAAUGAUGGUUGGAUGGAAAUCUAUCGAAAAACAACAAAGUUGAUUAUACAUUUAAAGAGAUCAACAAGAUUUUUUCAAAACACGACAAAAGAAAAGUUUGUUGAUGAAAAUUUUAACUUUUUGAUUAAUAGCAUACGUGCCAUUAUAGUACGUUGUUCUAAAACUGGCGUCAUUGACAUCAUUGAGUAUUUCCAAGUUAGUGUUGCCGUGCUUACCAUUUGGUGACAAUGCAUUGUUAUGCAGUUGUGAACGUUUAUUGGUAUCAAUAUGCUAAAAUGAGCAAAUUAUAUCGCCACCUGCGCCCAAAUAAAAAUGUCAUAAUUUCCCUCAAACAUUGACUAAACUUGCUAAAGGGUUUCAACCCUGAAAAUUGACUUGAUUUAAUCCUCUCUCUUAAGGGUGGCACAAGAUGAAUCCCUAAUCAUCGCACGUUUCUAAUUGUGUGCAAUACUGUGCCCCAUAGAUGGGCACAUGAUCUUUUUUUAUCCCCGGGCCCGCCCUGUUGAUAAUACUUUUUCACAAAUCACUAUGAGGUUUCUUUUUUCUUAUACAUUUACCACAGUAAGUUAAAUUUAAAGGUGAAUCCAUUGUGUUCGAUAUUAUACCCAAUUUGAGUGCAUAUACUUUCAAUGCAAAAUAAAACUGACGGAAUUAGCUGAAAUUUUGUUUGGACUAUACCUAUAUCGGUUAUUUUAGAUGGACCAUUAGAUGGACAAAAAUUGAGAAUGAUAGGCUUACAAAUCUGACAGUUCCUCUGCUCUACACCUUUAUACUACAUGUAAUAGUGUUAUUAACAAAAUAAGUAAAUUGAAUGUCAGGCGCUAACUAUUCAAUGAGUGAUUAUGAAUGUGUAUCAUGAAAAGAAUUAAAGCACGCAUUUUUAUAAAA